AGGGGCAGGAGCCUGGCCAGGAGCUGCUGCUUCCCCAGCCAAAGCUGGGGUACGAUCGAGGGGGCACCGAAGAUCAACCCCAGGCGUGGAGUUCUCUCCAGCCGGGCCAGACCAUGAGCGAUGACUUAACUCCAUGGGACAACAUCACUGCCAGUCCCACGACGGUGUCCGGAUCGGUCAGCCCCCAGGAUGGCUCUGGGCUGCUUCUUGUCCUGCUUUCUGUUUUCAUUGGGGGGACACUGGUGGUGUUGUCAGGAGCCCUGAUCCUCUGCCGGCGCUGCUGGGAUGCCCACCGCAGGUACUCCAGAGCCAGCGAUGACCCAGAGAAAACCACCACCACCUACCUGGACGACUCCCAGCCUGCGCAAGACAUCACCAUCAAAGUGGACGACCCAGAAUGCCUGUCAUCUUCCAGUUACCGAGAUGUGGACACUGAGCGCUUCCUGGCCACUAGCUCCACAGGCCGAAGGGUCUCUUUCAAUGAGGCCGCCCUGUUUGAGCAGAGCAGGAAGGCCCAAGAAAAAGGACGGAGGUAUACCUUGACAGAGGGUGAUUUCCACCACCUCAAGAAUGCCCGUCUCACCCACCUCCACCUGCCCCCACUGAAGAUUGUCACCAUCCACGAGUGUGAUUCCAGUGAGAACAGUGUGGCCAUGACUCCCCGCCUGGUCUUGGGCUCCAAGACCAGUCUCUCCAUCUUCCAGCCCCGGGUCAGCGCCCCGGCCCCGAAGGCCCUCACCGGCCACUCCAUGUGCCCCAGCUCCGCCCUGCCAGGGGACCCCUACAACUCCACCGUGGACACAGCCAGCUUCGCGGAGGCCAGCCCAUCCUCGUCCACCGACUCUGGGGAGGGCACCUCGCUUGAUGCCGGUGCCAGGAGCUCCGUGGCAGGUGCUGUGGGGGGCAGGACAGGGGAGGCUGGGCCAGCUCCAGGCUCAGGCACCGUCCUGCAGUUCUUCACCAGACUCCGGCGACAUGCCAGUCUCGAGGGGGCCAGCCCCUACUUCAAGAUGAAGAAGUGGAAGCUUGAGGCUAGUCACCGGGCUUCCAGCUUGGACACCAGGGGCUCUCCCAAGCGCCAUCAGUUUCAGCGGCAGAGGGCAGCUAGUGAAAGCAUGGAGCAGGAGGACCGAGACCCCCACCAGACUGACAUUAUCCAGUACAUCGCCCACACGGAUGACGUGGCCUUCCAACCUCCGGCUGGCCCCACCAGCCCUCCACCCACUCUCGGCAGGCUAGAGCCCCCUGAGGGUGGUGGGUGCCACCGGAGGAGUCCUGAGUCCCCCCAGGAAAGAAGCAGCAGCAGCAGCAGCAGCAACGGGGUUGAGCAGCAGCAGCAGCAACAACAGCAGCAACAGCAGACCAUGUAUCGGGACAUCUGGAGCCUGCGGGCCUCUCUGGAGCUGUACGCCGCGGCGUCUGAUCAGAGCAGCGGCAACGAUCUAGACUCGGUCCGCAGCGGGGACAGCGGCGGGCUCGGCCGGCGCCGGCCCCGGGGCCCCCUCCCGCCGUCUCACGAGCUGGGCGACGCGGAAGCGGAGCGGGAGGCGGAGGCGGAGGCGCAGGCGGAUCGGGCCGGGCCCGGCCCGGGGGAAGGGGGCGAAGCGGGCCCCCGCAAACUGCUGCAGAUGGACAGCGGCUACGCGUCCAUCGAGGGCCCCGGGCGCGCCGGCGACGAGGCCGCCCCGGCCACGGCGUCCGAAAAGCGCUUCUGCUUCACCAGCGCCGGGCGCACGGGCACCGUGUUCGACAGCUUCGAGGCCGCGCUGGCGGCGGCCGAGGCCGAGGCCGGGGCCGGGCCGGAGGCCGAGCCCGAGGCGGAGGCCGAGGCGGAGGCCGAGCCGGAGCCGCGCGGCGCGCAGGGGCUGCUGCUGCUGCGGGCCUGGCCCCCGCACGGGCAGCUGCUCCUCCCGGCCCCCGCCGCCGCCGUCCCCGCCGCCGUCGGCCCCGGCCCCGGCCCCAGCCUCGGCCUGGCUCCCGCCCCGCUGCCCCGGCGCGACUACAGCAUCGACGAGAAGACCGACGCGCUCUUCCACGAGUUCGUGCGCCAUGACCCCCAGUUCGACGAGGGCCCGCGGCCGCGCCACCGCUCCCGAGCCCACGCGCGCAAGCAGUGGCAGAGGACGCGGCAGCACAGCGACCCCGGCGCCCGAGCCGCGCCCCCGCACGCCCCGCCGCCGCCGCUCCAGCCGGGGCCCCCGUCCCCGCUGCAGCCGCCGCCGUCCGCGCCCCACGUGGCCGCCGCGCCCGAGCGCCCGCGCGCCCCCUUGCGGCGCGGAGACAGCGGACCCCCGGACGCCCGCGCCUUCCACAGCCCCCUGCCCCGCAUCGUGAGCUCGGGCGACGAGGAGGCGAUCGACGAGCUGGGCCCGAGCUCGGGCUCCGGGCCGGCCCCGGGCCGCGCGCGCUCGCGCUCCCCGCCGGCGCCGCGGCCCGCGCCCAUCCAGGCCAUCGCCGAGGAGGAGCCCGACGCCCCGGGAGGCCCCGAGCUGCUGCUGGCGGACAAAGUGGCCGCGGGCCUCGAGGACCGCCUCUUCCCGGGCUGGCGGCAGAGGCCCGGGGACGGCGCCGAGCCCUCAGCCCACGGCCCUGCCCCGGUGGUGGCGGCGGCCGCGCCCACGUCCCCGGACCCCAGCCCGGCGUAGUGAGCACGAGGACGGACCAGGGGCGUCCGCCCCCCUCGGGCCGGGCCUGCCGGGACUCCGGAUCCCAGCGGCCUGGGACCCCCCCGCGGCGGCCGCGGAGCCGGCGGCAAAGGGGGAAGGUGCAGGCCGGCCCCCCAA